UGGGUAAUGUAAGGUGCAGGCAGCGCGGCACGUUGGAGAGCGGUGGUGAAAAAAUAGCUUCCGCAGUUCCGUCAGCUGGCGAGGCUAAGUGUUUUGUAAGUGUACACUGCUGGCAUGUUGAAGGCUUGUUUCUGCCGUGUUCCUCAAGAGUAACAAGGUAACUACGUCAGCGCUGCUCGUCCAGUCCUUCCAUUACAGCGCAACAUGAGUCUGAACGAGCACUCGCUGCAAGCGCUGUCCUGGAGAAAGCUGUACCUGAGUCGAGCUAAACUGAAGGCUUCUAGCCGGACAUCAGCCCUGCUUUCUGGGUUUGCUAUGGUGGCUAUGGUGGAAGUGCAGCUGGACAACAGCUAUCCUUACCCACCUGCUCUCCUUAUUGCCUUCAGUGCCUGCACCACAGUGCUCGUGGCUGUUCACCUGUUUGCCCUCAUGGUCAGCACCUGCAUUUUGCCCAAUAUAGAGGCAGUCAGCAACGUCCACAACCUCAACUCAGUGAAGGAGUCUCCACAUGAGCGAAUGCACCGUCACAUUGAACUGGCAUGGGCUUUUUCUACUGUUAUUGGUACUUUGCUCUUCCUGGCUGAGGUGGUUCUACUUUGCUGGGUCAAAUUUUUGCCUGUUAAGCCCAACAAGUCCAGCAAUAAUACCGUUUCAUCUGGUGUGGCUGCUGCUAUUACCUCCACCUCUAUUAUGGUCCCCUUUGGUUUAGUCUUCAUAGUCUUUGCAGUGCAUUUCUAUCGGUCCUUGGUCAGCCACAAGACUGACAGACAGUUUCAGGAACUGGAGGAGCUGUCUAAUCUCACCAGGCUACAGAACGAGAUGGACAACAGAGGGGAAUCUUCCAUCUUGCAGUCUCCAAGUUCACAUUUCCCAUAGAUAAGCACAGUGGAGACACAUCUGUGAUGAACUCUUUUGACUCCUUGGGACUCCUUCAAGCCAGAAGCUACAUUAUUGGCUUGUAUUUUUUUUUUUUACAGGAAUGAUGAUGUCUCACCUCUUUGUUGUGAAAUUUACUUAUGUGAAGAGUUUGUAUUUUCUAGGAAAAUAUUUGAUCAACUGUGAACUCACAAAUCUGCCAUAGUGCAUGUAACUUGAAAUUGAGGUCUUAACUGUGAUUGUUGCUUGGUUCAUCUCUUACAUUAUCACAGAGAGAGCUGAACAAUAACUUGGAAAGCUGUCUGUUCCCUGCUGGAUUUAGUUACCCAUUUGUCAGUGAACACUGAUCAUAUACUGUAUAUUACCGUGCUGUGUUUUGUAAACAAGUGUUUAACCCUUAUUGUUCACUCUGUACAUGAUUUCUUGUAAUUUUCACUGUUUGCAAUUGUAAUGCCUGCUGUUUGUAUAGACUGACUCUUGUUGACUCUGUUGUUUGAUAAUGUUUGCUGUAGCACAGGCUGUGAUAUUAAAAUAAACAUUUUUACCAAGUGGCAUUUAAAGUUUCA